CUCUUUGCGUCUGAAAUAUUGUUUCAGACUUGAAAAUUUAUACAUGUGUGAAUUUCGUGUUUUCUUUCUGUGAUCGUUAACGUUAUGGCUUAUCUAGGUCACUAUCAAUCGCAUCUAUCUGCAAUUUUUCACAUUAUUCUAUUAGAUUAGGAUUGAGAACUAAUUUGAUGUGAAAGUUUGAUAUUCAUUCAUCUGAUUUGAUAUGUAUGUUCAUGAUUUUGUGCAACUUCAAGGAUUGCAUAAUGCCAAUUGGUUUCAUUUGUUCAUUAUUUUCCUCAAUAAUAAGGAUUGCUACCUAACUACAACGCUGGGACACAAGUGCUAUAUCAAAGGAAUGAGCGUAGAUGCUCGGAGUAUUGCUUCCCAGCUUAACAGUUCUGGGCUGUUGAGAACACAGGGCCUCAUUGGAGGGAAAUGGAGGGACGCUUAUGAUGGGAAAACCAUAAAGGUAUAUAAUCCAGCAAGUGGUGAAUCUAUAGCAGAUGUAGCAUGCAUGGGUGGAAGGGAAACAAAUGAUGCAAUUUCCUCUGCUGUUGAGGCUUUUAAAUCAUGGAGUAAAAUCACUGCUGCUGAGCGAAGCAAAUAUCUGAGAAAAUGGUAUGAUUUACUUAUGGCACAUCAAGAAAAGUUAGCACAACUUAUUACCUUGGAGCAAGGAAAGCCUCUUAAAGAGUCUAUGGGUGAGAUAAGUUACGGUGCUGCCUUUAUUGAGUUUGCAUCAGAGGAGGCAAAGCGUAUAUAUGGGGAUAUAAUUCCUGCACCUGCAUCGGAUCGGCGGUUAUUUGUUUUAAAGCAGCCUGUAGGGGUUGUUGGUGCAAUUUCACCAUGGAACUUUCCCCUUGCUAUGAUUACCCGAAAGGUUGGUCCAGCCCUUGCAUGUGGGUGUACAGUGGUCAUAAAGCCCUCUGAACUUACGCCUCUGACUGCUUUAGCGGCAGCAGAACUUUCUAUUCAAGCUGGAAUACCUGCGGGUGUUGUGAAUGUGGUUAUGGGAAAUGCUCCUGAUAUUGGAGACGCCUUGCUAGCAAGUCAACAGGUUAGGAAGAUUACAUUCACUGGCUCAACGGCUGUUGGAAAGAAAUUGAUGGCAGGUUCUGCCGAGACGGUUAAAAAAGUAUCUCUGGAACUUGGUGGCAAUGCGCCUUGCAUAGUUUUUGAUGAUGCUGACCUGGAUGUUGCAGUGAAAGGAACACUUGCAGCAAAGUUCCGUAAUAGCGGACAAACAUGUGUUUGUGCAAAUAGAAUUCUUGUGCAAGAAGGUAUAUAUGACAAGUUUGCAAAUGCAUUGCUUGAUGCUGUUCAGAGUAUGAAAGUUGGAGAUGGUUUUAGUGAAGGCGUGGUUCAGGGCCCUCUGAUAAAUGAAGCUGCUGUCAAAAAGGUUGACUCCUUGAUUCAUGAUGCUACAUCAAAGGGGGCAAAAAUUAUUCUUGGGGGUAAAAGGCAUAGCCUUGGAUCAACUUUUUAUGAACCAACAAUCAUCAGUGAUGUCAACAAUGAGAUGCGUAUAUCAAGAGAGGAAGCAUUUGGACCUGUUGCACCCCUUUUGAGAUUCAAAACUGAGGAGGAUGCCAUCAAAAUUGCUAACGACACUAAUGCAGGCUUGGGUUCAUACGUAUUUACAAACAGUAUCCAACGAUCAUGGCGUGUGGCUGAAGCUCUUGAGUAUGGACUUGUAGGUAUUAAUGAAGGAGUAAUUUCAACAGAGGUGGCUCCAUUUGGUGGAGUUAAACAAUCUGGUCUCGGAAGAGAAGGUUCCAAAUAUGGGAUGGAUGAAUAUUUGGAGAUCAAGUAUGUCUGCUUGGGAAACAUGAACAAAGAUUGAAGUAUGAGGCGAUGCCUAGGUUUGAGUAUUCAGCUGCUGAUUAAUCUAUUUGGACCUUGGAAUGAGGGGUUGCCUUGUGUUUAUCAAUUGCAUUUUAGUCUUUAAAAUUGAAAAUUCUGGUAUUUAGUUUCUGAAAUUUGCAUACAGACGUGCAGCUAGCAACAUUUUCCCUGUUUCAUGUUCUUGUCUCCAGUUUUUUACAUUCAGUGUAAAUUUUAUCAAGAGGGAUAAGAGUCUAAGAUGAAAUAAUAGAAUAUUUUU